AGAGGCGAGGAGGUUCGUGCAGCGCCAUGCGGGACUACGAGGAGGUGACCGCUUUCCUGGGCAAGUGGGGCCGCUUCCAGCGCCUCGUCUUUUUUCUGCUCAGCGCCAGCAUCAUCCCCAACGGCUUCAACGGGAUGUCGGCCGUGUUUCUGGCCGGUACCCCCGAGCACCGCUGCGCUGUGCCGCCCGGAGCCAACCUGAGCGAGGAGUGGCGGAACGCCAGCAUCCCGCUGGAGCUGCGCGGCGGGGUCACGGAGCCGAGCCGCUGCCGCCGCUACCGCCUGGCCGUGCUCGCCAACCUGUCGGCGCUGGGGCUGCGGCCCGGUUCCGACGUGCAGCUGGCGGAGCUGGAGCAGGAGCCGUGCCUGGACGGCUGGGAGUACAGCCGCGACGUGUACCGCUCCACCAUCGUCAGUGAGUGGAACCUGGUGUGUGAGGACGACUGGAAAGUGCCGCUGACCACCUCCCUGUUCUUCGUGGGUGUCCUCAUCGGCUCCUUCAUCUCAGGGCAGCUCUCAGACAGGUUCGGCAGGAAGAGCAUCCUCUUCUUGACUAUGGCUGUGCAGACUGGCUUCAGCUUCCUGCAGAUCUUCUCCACCAGCUGGGAGAUGUUCACAGUGCUCUUCCUCAUAGUGGGCAUGGGACAGAUCUCUAACUACGUGGUGGCCUUCAUACUGGGAACAGAAAUUCUUGGCAAAUCAGUUCGUAUUCUAUUCUCUACGUUAGGAGUUUGCGUAUUUUUUGCAAUUGGCUACAUGUUGCUGCCCCUGUUUGCUUACUUCAUCAGAGACUGGCGGAUGCUGCUGCUGGCGCUCACCCUCCCGGGGCUGCUCUGCGUUCCGCUCUGGUGGAUCAUUCCUGAGUCCCCUCGCUGGCUGAUCUCCCAGGGAAGAUAUAAAGAGGCAGAAGUUAUAAUCCGAAAGGCUGCAAAAAUAAACAACACUCCAGCCCCAGCCAUGCUUUUUGAUGCUGCCGAGAUGCAGGAUUCGAAGCCUCAGCAGCAGCAGAAGGCUAUCCUUCUGGACCUAUUUCGAUCCCGAAACAUUGCAACUAUUACUAUUAUGUCAUUACUUUUGUGGUUUUUCACCUCCGUUGGUUACUUUGGCCUUUCCCUCAACACUCCCAACCUGCACGGUGAUGCCUACAUCAACUGCUUCCUCUCGGCGGUCAUCGAAGUCCCAGCGUACAUCAUUGCCUGGCUGCUCCUGCGCUCCCUGCCUCGCCGCUACUCCAUAUCCGGCACCUUGGUUCUGGGGGGAGGUGUUGUUCUCUUCAUUAAUCUGGUUCCUACAGAUCUCAAUGUCCUAUCUGUUUGCCUGGUGAUGCUUGGAAAAUUUGGUAUCACAGCUGCGUUUUCAAUGCUUUAUGUCUUCAACGUGGAGCUGUACCCAACGCUGGUCAGGAACAUGGCAGUCGGAGCCACGUCCACGGCUUCCAGGCUGGGCAGCAUCAUUGCUCCCUACUUUGUUUACCUGGGUGCCUACGACAGAUACCUACCUUAUAUCGUCAUGGGAAGCCUGACUGUGCUGAUAGGGAUCCUCACCCUGUUUCUCCCUGAGAGUUAUGGCAGUGCUCUGCCUGAGAGCUUUGAACAAAUGAUGAAGGUGAAAUGUUUCAGGAAUGGGCAACAAACCACCGGCAUUAGGAAUUCAAAGGAGAGUCCUAAAACUCUCAUAACAACAUUGUGAAGAAGGAUGCACACUCAGAGGGUUUGGAAGAACAAGACCUCGGAAUGCAUUUUCUGCCACAGGAAAACAAACAAAAACCCAACAGCCAAUGCUAUGGCACUGUAUUGUCCCUUGUGCUACUGUAUCCAUGUACCUAUUUUCUGAACAGAUGCUGUCAGCUCCCAUAGGGCUCUUAGAUGUAAUUCAGUGUUCUGAUUCCUGGAGUGUGUCAGCAGAUCCUGACCCCGUUGAGAAACAGAGGUCUGCAUGUGCUAAACAUGAAUUGAGGAGUAAUAAUACAGCAAUGACUGCACUCAGUCGGGUACUCAAUGAAAGCUGCUAAGAGAAAGGAAAGAAGGCAGCAGCGGUGAUGGUGGUGGUUUUCUCUCACUGUGCAUACUGACUGGAGGAAGGGAAGCUGGGUGUCUUUGAACAUCUCACACAUCUCCAAAGGAAAGAUCCCAGCCACAUUUGAAACCUGUAACCAAGGCUUGAUACGACCUGGAUCCACUUCUGAUCCACUGGUGCCUAUAAAAGCUGUUGGUUUUUCAUAAGGCCUGGGCCUGCUGAAGUCACUGGGCUUCAUGAGUGUUCAGGUGUAAGGACAGAGCUAGGGCUAUAGCCUGCUGAUCUCCUUUUGGUGGGCCAUGCCCACUUUCGAAAGAAACAGGCUUUGUCAAAUAAGUGGUCCUGUUCAAACGUGCUCUCCAUUUUCAGCUUUUGGGUUUCUCACAGUAUAUCGACAUAAGCAACUGCAAUAUCUUUUUGUGGUUCUUUUUCAAAGCAUUUCACUUCUCCUUUGAAGAUAUACUACAUUAUGCUGUACCUUCAGAGAAAACUCAGUUUUGAAAGCCUAUUCAAACACCUUUCUACCAUCUACAAAUCUAAAGGAGAUUUGAUGCUUGCAAAAAUCGGAUGUUCUGUACAGGAGAUUUCUAUGUGCAGCUAUUAAGAACUGAAAGGAGCUCAUUGGGGACCAUACUUCCUUUAUUUUCUUCCCUUUUUUUUUUCCAAAGCAAAAACAAUGCCAACAAAGCCAGUGUUUUGUUUUUCAAGUCCUGCAGGUUCUAUGUGCAGUUUUUAAAGGUUCAGAUGAGAUGGAAAGUUGAAUGUAGUAGAGCUUAGAUUUGCGUUACUACUGUUUUAUGAACACUGCGUAGUUUGAGAAAGUUUGAUGCCUUUUACUUUUCUAUUUAUUGGUUGUGUGUGGACUUCUUGGCCACGUGAAGUCUCUCAGGCCAGGUAGGCUGAUUUUUAUCUCCCAUGAAACCCAUUUAGUGGUGAUUCACAUUCCGUUAUUGCCAACAAAAGCACACUGUCUCCUCUCUUAAUGUGAGAGUUGAUGGCAGUUUGUCCUGUGCUGGCAUUUGGCACGCAAGCGAGGAUCUCCCUGUAAGUUCAAGCACGACUAUAAAGGUUUAUAACAUCUAAAUGCAAGGAACUUGUGCAGUCAUCUCAAGCUGCUCUUUGGGAUGUGGCAAUACUACUUCCUUCAAUAUUAAUGUUCUGCUGUUGUGCUUUUUGCCAUAAAAGCCAUGUGCCAUAAUGGCCCCCACGUCCUCGUCCCUUCUCAAACUGGAAUUUCCUUAAUGACAGCAGUAUUUAAUGCUUUAUUUUACUUCCUGCAAAGUUAAUCUAUCAAAUAACUAUUUAGGCACAACUAGAUUUCUGAGCAAAGCCUUCCUAUGGGCGUAGGACAGGUCUGAGGACUGGGCUAAAUAUAGUUGGCCUGGAUUUUUCUGAAGAUUUUUAUAUCAAGUCCAUACUUACUGUAUGUGAUGGUAGGCUUAGGUAUUUCUGAAAGGUAAAUAUUUUUGUAUUCUUGAACUUUGUAGUAUCUUAAAACUAGAUCCCAUUUUUUUUAAAUAAGGAAGAGGAUUGUGGGUUUUUUAAAUGCCUUGUUUUAAUUGGUCUCAUUCUUAUUGCUUUUACCGUUGAUCAAAAGCUGGUGUCCUAUUUUAGUAUUUUUAGUAGCAAAUUAAGAAAAAUAGCAAGAGUGGAAUGCAUUGUUGACAAGAAUGUGAUGCUGUUAUAAGGGCUCAGCGUGUCUGAGCACAGCCAGAAUGAGAAAAUGAGGUUGCUUCAGCUGAUGAAGCACUUGCAAGGAGGAUUUCUGUCCUCUGACCCUAACUUUCCCAGAACAGCAAUUUCUGAAGGAACUCAGAGAGCAGCAGCCUGCUGAAGAGCCAGGCAGGGAUGAAUCUGGAGGGCAGGAGUGCCAGAUUCUGGCAAGUUACUGCAUGGUUAAUGGUAAAGCUGAAGGAAACAGAAUUGGCUUAGUAGCCAUUGGCAGAAAACAAAUGUAUUUCCGAUGAGAAUCCUAAGACUUUCACUGCAAUCUUCAGUGAGUUUUGUGCGUCAGAUGGGGCUCACUGUGGGACCUGUGUGCUCACCUCAGCUGGGAGGUGCAUGUACAGCUCCGACCCGAGGAUGGGAGGGAAGCACAACUGGAUGGCUCCCACUGACUGCACUGGGCCUCAGCUCUCUCCUCUGUCACACUGACCCGGGUCUCUCUGUGUAAUCGUCGGUAAGAUCUGACGCUGGCUUAUUGGAUAUCUUAAAGCACAUAUAAGUACAUAGUUGCUGUCACCUGGUAACUCCUGUCUUUAUUGGAAUGAAACGUACACUAGCGUUGUGUAACCUACUUUCUGUGUGGUUUGUAGUUGAAUAAAGUCUCCUAAAUUUAA